GACUACAGAGUCACAAACUUUAUUACCAACAAACAAACCUUUCUACUUGAAGAUGAUGACGAUGAUGAAGAAAAGAGGUUGAUGUUAUACAAAAAUUUUAUUUGAAAAUAAAAAAUUAAAGAGAGAGAGAGAGAAGUGGAUAAACACUAAAGAACUCACUUGACCAAAAUUCAAUCAAAAUUUCUCAAUGCUUAAAAAUAAACACCAAACCAUUAAUAAUCGAAAGCUAUACCCAGUAAACGACGAUGCACCUUUCGUCACCGAAUCACAACCACCAGCGCCACCGCCACCGCCGCCUCAUUUGGUAACCAUGGAUUCAUCGAUGGUACUGGUGAUCCUCGUUCUCUCCACAGCUUUAGUCUCAGUCAUCUUCUUCUGCUUCUAUCUCUGCCGACCUAACCCCGUCCCCUCCUCCUCCACCGACACAACUAACGUUUCUUCUCGGAAAGGAGUGGAUCCAGCGGCGGUGCCGGUCAGCUCUUACGGUGGCGUUGCCAAGGAGAAUAAUCGGAAUGUGGAGUGUGCGAUAUGUUUGGGUGAGUUUGGGGAAAACGACGACGUUAAAGUGAUGCCGUUUUGUAGGCACGUGUUUCAUCCUUGUUGUAUUGACACGUGGCUUGCUUCGCACGUGACUUGUCCUGUUUGUAGGUCAACUAGAGUUUUGGAUGAGGUUGGAGGGGGAGAAGAAUGGAGGUAAUUUGUUUUGUUUCUUUCUUUGUUUUGAAUUGGAAAAAGUAAAUAAUAGUUAUCGAGUUUGGAACGACGACGUUUCGUUGUGUUUUUUUGUUUUGAGUUUGUGAAUUGUGAGUUUGUGUAUGUGUUUAGCUGGAAGGAAGGAAAUUUCAUUAUGCUA